AUGGAACGAAAGUUGAGAGAUGCGGGAUUGGAUAUCACCGUUGAAGUGGUCCACCAGUCGACACAUCUGGUGACUUGGAGCCCCAGUGGCAUCGUGCAUCUUGCGUCCAACCCUGGCCGCCUGGUUCGUUCCUUUGGGACAUGGAAUACCGGCGAUUUUGGGCAGUCCGCAUCAUCCGUCCGGAGGAUUGUGCCUGGAGUCAGGGUAGUCUGGACACAGCAACAUUCUGGGGUCCGCCUCUGGGGUACCGAAUACUUGUCACUCACCAGCUUCCAGGUCCUGAGAAGUUGGCAGUCUCUCGCAACACGUCCGACGACGACGACUCUCUUCGUGCUAGUCAAAGAGGGCUCGGGCCGCCGGUUGGCCGAAGGCAUCGCCAUCCGAUGGCUUGCUUGUAGUGGCUACGUGCUGAGCCAUACCAGUUGA